AUGGACACAACCCAAAUGGAAUGUUUCAAUAAUGUUGAUUUCACUGACUUCGAUAGCAAUGAAACGGCUUCUUCAUGUACAGGCCCUGUAUCUACUUACGGCCACACAUUUAAGAAUUGCCUCUUCUCGUCCAAAAAAUUUCCAGAAAUGGAGACACGGACCAUGGAUGAUUUCGACUUUAUUCCCACGUCCAAAAUCAUCCCCGAGGGAAAGCACUAUAAAACACCAUUAAAAAGGCUGAACUAUCUACGAGAACGUAAAAUUAUGGGGAGAAACGAAGAGAGUCAAAUCAUUGAUGGUCUCCAAUACCUUUUGGUGGCAAGGCAUAACGCCGUAUUCUAUUACGUCAAGGAAAAACGAUCCAAAAAGACUAUUAAGUUCAGAGUACCAAAGUCAAUGGAACUUAAUGGGGUUAAGGCCGAUUUGGAGGACCUCUGCAAAAUAGGAGAGGUUUGGCUUAUUGACAACGGGUUUUGCUCGAGGUGUGCAGAGAAGAACGAAUCACAAAAAAGGUUACAGAGGUCAAAAGAAUCGGAAAUGAACGGUGCGUUAAUAUCAAUUCUUAACUCAUUGGGGUACUCAUUCCAGUUUAAAAAACUAAAGGACAAGAUUAACAGGAAAACAACGCCUUUUGUCAAAAUUCAAACUAUUAACUACCCCGACGGCGAAACACACCAAGUCGAAGAAAUAAAAAAAUUCGGCAAACUUUAUGACCAAAUUAUGAUGAAACAAAAUACGGAGGUGUGA